AUCGCAAAUCCUUCAAAAUAGAGAGACGUGCUUGAUGAGAAUCGCUGUCUUGAGAUACAGUCUAGGUUGCUCUCCGUGGCCUCUGGUUCAACACCCUUGGAGAACAUUGUUCAGCUCGGAUCUGGUGAAUUUUAAGGUCACGCUGCGAUGAAUCUGCUUAUUAUUGAUCAUUUAGCUGUUGUGAUUAUCUUCGAACACUCUUUCUACGUUUACGACAGGCGGCGCCAUCUUCAAGACGAGCAAACGUAUGAUCCCUCUUUUUAUGUCGUUCUCGAGCAGUACAUCGCAUCUCCGCAUGCAGCUGCUGUAAAGGCAGCUGUGAGCACUGCCGUCCAGGCGUAUCAAGAAACUGUGGCUACUGCUCCCCGCGCAUAUGAAGACGCCAUGGCUGCUGCUUCCCGCACAUAUGAAGACGCCGUGGCUGCCGCUUCCCGUGCAUAUGAAGACGCCGUGGCUACCGCUUCCCGCGCAUGUGAAGACGCUGUGGCUACUGCUUCCCGCGCAUAUGAAGAAGCUGUGAGGACUGCUGUCUAUCCAUCUCAAGGAAAUUUGCCUGCUUGGACGGCAAAGUUACCGUUUGAACCCUUGAAGAGGAAGGCAAAAGCAGCUUUUGAACGCUCUAAGGAGGAGAAAGAAGCUUUCGAACGCUCUAAGAAGGAGGAGAAAGAAGCUUUCGAACGCUCUAAGAAAGAGGAGAAAGAAGCUUCGUGCUAUCGGGCGAAGAAGGAGAAAGAAUCUUCGUGCUCUCGGGCGAAGGAGGAGAAAGAAUCCGUUGAACUCUCCAAGAAGAAGGAGAAAGAAUCUUCGGGCUCUCGGGCGAAGAAGGAGUUAAUAAAGGCUGUUAUUCAAAUCACUUUAGAUCAUCGCCUGCUAAGACCUUAAUGUUGGGCGAUGCAACAUAAUGUUCCGGUUCGGAGUGGAGCUGAGGUGUCUUGCCUCUGAAUGCAGGUUGCUCGAAAGGUUUCU